ACCAAAAGUGUCGGAGUCGUUAAUUAAUGGAAUCUGGCACUAUCAGACAAUUGUUAAACGGCAAUAAAAUGUAAAUUGAGUAAAAAAGGACCUAGAAAAAAUCAUACAGAUGACAAACAGUUCUCACCGUCAUCUCAUAAAACGAGGCAGUUAAUACAUUUUUUAAUCAGACUAUUAAACGGACUGUUAAGCAACGGUCUUUGAUUCGUCUCAAACAUGGUCUUUAAUUCGAAUGCAGAGAAGAUUCCUUUGCUUUACCGAGCUGUUCCUGGUUCCCUCAAGAAACUAUCCUCAAGUGGCUUUGGCACUCGUCAUUGGCAGGCAAUCCUUCUGUUCCUAGGCAUGAUGUUCAAUUACUUCCAAAGGGUUAACAUCUCCGCUGCUAUUGUGCCCAUGACCCAAUCCACGGCCGGAGCUCCGUCCUAUGAUUGGAAUGUGUCAGACAAGUCGCUAAUCUUGAGCAGUUUCUUUUGGGGUUACGUGGUCUCUCAGGUUCCUGCUGGUCUCUUGGCCAAGCGGUUUGGAGCCAAGCUUGUGCUAGGAUUAUCCACCUUGGUGGGAGGAAUUUUGUGCUUUUUCCACCCUAUGGCAGCCGAGAGUGGAGUCGAAAGUGUCUGUGUGUUGCGUGUAAUUACGGGAUUAGUCCAAGGAUCCGUCUAUCCAUGCGUCCACACAUUGCUGGCCAAGUGGGUGCCUCGCACGGAGCGUGGUUUCCUGACCACUGGCAUCUACUCAGGAGCGCAGUUUGGAACAGCCGUUAUCCUAGUCAGCAGCGGCUUCAUCUUCGAGUCCAGCAUGGGCUGGCCGGGCCUGUUCUACAUUUCUGGAGGUCUAAACUUGGCCUGGGCCUUGCUUUUCUUCUGGCAAGGUGCUAACGAACCAGCCACGUCUUCAAGGAUCAGUCAGACUGAACGGGAGUACAUCGAGAGCCUUACAGGAAGCAACAGCGGAAGUCAGUCCAUGUCAGUGCCAUGGCGAUCCAUUUUCACAUCACCUGCCUUCUAUGGUCUCCUGGCCGCCCAUUGCGGCUUCACCUGGGGAUUCUACACUUUGCUCACCGAGAUGCCCACAUACAUGAGUCAUGUGCUUCAACUCGAUGUUAAGUCCAAUGCCUUCCUAUCCUCACUGCCGUACUUUGCCAUGGGCUUGCUGUGUCUGGUGGUCAGUCCCAUAUCAGACUUGCUUAUCAAUCGAGGCACUAUUACUAUUACCACGGCCCGAAAGCUCUUCAACUCGAUUGGCCAAUGGGGACCGAUGGCCUGUUUGAUUGGACUCGGCUACAUGACGGCGGACGAAAAAUCUUGGGCCAUUCUUCUGCUUACCCUGGCGGUGGGCAUCAACGCUGGUUGCUCCUGCGGCUACCUCAUUAACCACAUCGAUCUUUCGCCCAACUUCGCCGGGCCCAUGAUGGGUGUAACCAACGGAAUCGCGGGAAUAACCUCAAUUGUGGCUCCUCUGGUUGUAGGAGCCAUUCUGACUAACGAGGAGGAUCCAAACCAAUGGCGGGUGGUGUUCUUUAUUACCGGAGGAGUUUACCUUCUCUGCAACACGCUAUUCGUGUUGUUCGGCAAGGCAACCAUCCAACCCUGGAACGAGCCAUCUUCGAUGUCUAGCACAGCCACCUUGCGAAAUCAUUUGGAAAACGAUUCAAAGACCAUUGCUCCCACGUCCGACAAGGACAAUCGGUUCUGAGAACGUCCACCUGCACUCGAAGCCAUUGACAAUCUCGAUAGGUGUUUAUUGUUAAUUGUAGAUUAUAAGUUAUUGUAUCAGUUAUAUUUGGAUAUGCUUUAGCUCUAACACCUAAUAUAUCGGUUUAUGUUUAAUCUUA